GCUGACUCGCGCUGCUCGCGGCAACGUCCAUUCUCGCUGUUAAUGUUAACGAUGCUGUAAUCGAAUGAUCCAGUGGCAAGACGCAAACGCAGAGUGCUCUGAUUGGCUCUUUGGCUCUUCUGUAGCCUCAGGGCUCAGGCGGCCAAUCGGAUUACAGCAGGGCGUCUGCUCUGUGACGUCAAACUGUUACAGCGGUUACAUCUUCGCUGCGUUGUGAACAGUUCAGUCUGAAUCUCUGAGUGAACGAGUCGGCAUCAGCGUAACUAAGCUGCCACAGCAUCAUAAGAGAUGGAACACAACCACGACCACCACAUGGACCAUACCAUGGCCACACCCACCACCGGUCAUGACCAUGGUGGAGGAGGAAAUCACGGAGGACACGGUGGCAGUGGUGGACACAUGAUGAUGAUGAGUUUCUACUUUGGCUACAAAAAUGUGGAGCUGCUGUUCAGCGGACUGCUCAUCAACACUCCUGGAGAAAUGGCCGGGGCGUGUAUUGGUGUCUUCUUGCUGGCCAUCCUGUAUGAGGGGUUAAAGAUCGGCCGUGAGGUUCUGCUGCGUCGCAGUCAAGUCAACGUGCGCUACAACUCGAUGCCGCUCCCCGGGUCUGAUGGGACAGUGCUGAUGGAGACGCACAAAACUGUCGGGCAGCGGCUGCUCAGCCCCAGCCACUUCCUGCAGACCCUGCUGCACAUUAUCCAGGUGGUCGUGAGCUACUUCCUGAUGCUCGUCUUCAUGACCUACAACGGUUACCUCUGCAUCGCCGUGGCAGCCGGAGCCGGCAUGGGCUACUUCCUGUUCAGCUGGAGGAGAGCGGUGGUCGUCGACAUCACCGAGCACUGUCAUUAGCAAACAUGAGAGAGCGAGAGCGGGGGAGUGUUGACCGAUUUCAUUUCUGCUGAUCACAAUCGAUAACAAACAACUGAGUGUGACACACUCAUUACUGCCCUCCAGAGGCGGCGGUGGUGGUGUUUCAGGUAGCACUUGAAAAUAACAAGAAACUAAUUAUUCAGUAUCCAUGGUAACACUGAGUUAUUAACAUUAGAUUAGUGUACACAUUAACCAACACACCAUUAACCAACACAUUUGGCCAGUAAACAUCCUUUUUUUGCUACACACAAAAUCACACAUUUUGUUAUGGUUUUGCCUGAUGUUUUUUUUGUUUUUUUUCUACACACUUUCUAGUGGUUGAGCCAGCCAAUCAGAGCUUGAACUGGCCAAUCCUCCUCCUGUCCUUAAUUCCUCCUUUUUUGUGCCAUGACAACUAGAAGGUUAGCCGUAGCUGCUGCUAGUCAAUGUAGACAAAUCUUACAUACACUAAUCUGUUAGUUAGCGUUGUUAGCAGCUCGCCGAAUGAGCCAUCAAUCACAACAUGGUAUUUAAGUUUAAUUUAUGAAUGACACACUCUUUAUAUACCUUAUACAUCAAUUUUAGAUUCUUUUGAUUUAACUGCAAUUGUAAAAAAAGAUAAAGGUUUGUUUUUUUGGUUUGUUUGUUUUAAUUGGAAAAAUCACGAAUCAUGUGGUGCGUCUGUGAAUUCAUCCACAGACCUGAAACUAUAAAAUUACUUUCUUGUUUACACGACACAUUUUUUAAAAAAAUAUUCUUUUAAAAAAAUCAUCAGUUCACGUUGUUUCUGAGGACUGUCCUCUCGGAGUUCAGGUUUUGUUUUUUGUUUUUUUAAAAGUAUAAAGAGAUUGGAAAAAGAUAAAUGAAAGUCACAGUGUCUAGUCUUCUGUGUUUUCUCCCCCUGGGCCUUAAACGCCACACCGUUUUGCCUUAAAGUGGCAAUGAUUGGAAAUGCCACGGUGUACACUGGUGACCUUUACUGACUGACGCCAAACUGUCAUCCUCGUAUGUCUUGUCCUCGUUUGUCAUAGUUGUGAUUCACACCGGAGGUAGGCGGAGUUUACUUAAUGGACCAAUGAGUUGCCGGGACAACUCACUACUGCGUACAGUACAUCGUGUCCCACUCACUUUUGUCUAGGUGCUGUCAGUGUUUGUGGUGCAUUAAGAGUGAGUCUAUAAAUCUUGAGUUGUAUGAUUCAAACACGAUGAAGGAAACUUUUAUCUGGAAGUUGUUUAAUUGUGUCAUAAAUGCUGUAAUAAAAAAAGAAUAAAGUUUAAGAGGAA